AUGAAGCCGCCCACCACGUCGGAAGGCGCCGCCGCUGAAGAGCCCAAGGCCGAGGAGGCCAAGGCGGACGAGUGCGCAGCUGAGACGUCCAAACCCGAGGCGAAGGAAGAGGCUGCAGAAGUGAAGCAAGAAGCAAAGGCUGAGGAGGUGGCGACGGUGGAGGCUGCUGCCGCAGAGACUGAAGAAGAAGCGAAGGAGGCCACAAAGGAGACGACAGAGGAACCGCCGAAGGAAGAGGCCGUCGAGACGCCCACGAAGGCGAAAAAGGAGGGCUUCUGGAGCAGGACGAAGAACACGUUCAAGAAGAAGAAGGCGGCGGCUGAGGAGAAGGUGGCAGAAGCCAAGGAAGAGACGAAGGAUGUGGUGGCAGAGGCUGUGAAAGAAGGGGAGGGCGCUGCGGCCGGGGCAGUGGCAGCAGCCGCGGAAGAGGUGCAGAAAGCGGGGGAGUCGGCGGCAGCGGGUGCAGAGUCGGCCGCGGUGGCAACAGCUGCAGAAGUCAAGGAAGAAGCAGAAAAGGCGGCUUGCGAGGCUGAGAAGGUGGCAACGGAGAAAGCAGAAGAAGCUGCAGACGCUGUUGAGGCCGCGGUUGCCAAGGCUGCUGCGUAG